CAAUGACAAAUAUGCCAUGAUGAUGGAGUGUGUUGUCUCCUCCUCAACGUGUUUUUGUUUGUUUUGAUUGAAAAUGUAGAAGAUAAUACACAAUGUUGCACAUGUAAAAUUAUUUCAAUAAACAAUAAUGUGAGAACGUAUUGUGAAAAAGUGACAGUGAUAACGUAACUUUCCUAGACCGACAAAAGGAUUCUUGUAAAAUGACGGAAUCUAUACCUUUUUUCGUUGAUCGUGCAAAAGGAGGCCGGGCGUCGUGCAAAGGUUGUAAAGGUAACUGUCCUAGUGGCGAGCUUCGUAUGGCAAAAGUGGUUCCAAGUCCUUACGGAGAAAACCAGCAAAUGAAGUCAUGGUACCACAUCGAUUGUCUAAUGAAUAUCCUUCUGAAGCAGCGGCCUACGACGAAGCGCAUAGAUUCAAUAGACGACAUCGGAAACUGGCAAACUUUGAGCAAAGAUGACCAAGAGUUCAUACUUAAAAAGAUUAAUGAAAUGGAAAAAGUUUACGCUGAGAAAAACAGUGGAAAAUACACAGCAAAAGUUUUGAAAAAUGAAUCGCCAUUUCACGCCAAUACUUCCAAUUCUUCCAACGUAUCUAGUCCAGGUAAUGCUAAAAAAGGUGUCAGUGAUACCAAAAAAGACGUCAAAACAGAUGAUGACAAGUUUUCUACAUUUUUCUCAUUAUGCAAGAAAAUAUCCAGGGUCGAUGCAUACACGGAUAAAACUUCAACAGUCAAUAACUUCUUUAGAAAAGGCACUGAUGGGAACUCUUUCAAAGGAGAUUUAGCAUUGUGGUGUAAAUUACUAUUACCUCAGGUUACAAAAAGGGUGUACAAUUUAAAAAGCAAGCAGCUAGUCAAGUUAUUUUCAAGAAUAUUCGGCUGUGAUCAUGAUGACAUGCUAACUCAUCUAGAGCAAGGAGACGUUGCUCAAACUAUUCAGCAUUACUUUUCACGGUCCAAAACGAUACAACCAGCAACCGAUAGUACAUUAACUAUUCAUGACGUUGAAAACUUCCUUGAAGAACUAUCACGGCUAACUAGAGAAGAGGAGCAAAUAUAUCAAUUCAAGAAAAUAGUAAGAAAAUGUACUUCAGAUGAUAUAUUAAUGUUGAUUCGGUUGAUAAAAGGUGAUCUUCGAAUAAAUGCUGGCCCAAAGCAUAUUUUAGAUGGAGUUCACCCUGACGCUUACAAUGUAUUUCAAACUUCACGUGAUUUGAAUAUGGUUUUAGAUAGAGUUAUGAAAGACAACACUGGAGUUAAGCAUAAAGAUGCUACGCAGAAAAGUGUACAGGCUACAUUGGUGUUGAUGACCCCUGUAUUGCCCAUGUUGGCUGAAGCCUGUAAAUCUGUUGAGAUGGCCAUGAAAAAAUGUCCUAACGGAAUGUUUUCAGAGAUCAAGUAUGAUGGAGAAAGAGUCCAAGUACACAAACAGGGCAGUGAAUUCAAGUAUUUCUCCAGAGCUUUGAAACCAGUAAUGCCUCAUAAAGUGAGUCAUUUUAAAGAUUACCUGCCAAAGGCAUUCCCAGAAGGCGUUGACAUGAUAUUGGACGCAGAGGUGUUGAUGGUUGAUGUAAAAACUGGGAAACCGUUACCGUUUGGUACAUUAGGCAUACACAAGCAAUCCAAAUUUAAGGAUGCUCAAGUAUGUUUAUUUGUGUUUGAUUGUUUAUAUUAUAACGGAAAAGUUUUAAUAGAUCUGCCUAUUAGGAAGAGGAGGCAGAUUCUUCAUGAUCAUAUGGUUGAAGUUCAAAACCAUGUUAUGUUCUCAGAACAGCAGUUGAUUAAAAAACCAGCUGAUUUGGCAAAAAUGAUUGCAGAGGUACUACAAUUAGGUCUUGAGGGCCUAGUGUUAAAAGACUUGGAGUCAACCUAUGAGCCAGGCAAAAGACAUUGGCUGAAGGUCAAGAAGGACUAUUUGUUUGAUGGAGCUAUGGCUGACACAGCAGACCUUGUGGUACUUGGAGCUUGGUUUGGCACUGGUAAAAAGGGUGGAAUGAUGUCAGUAUUCCUUAUGGGCUGUUUGGACACAAAACGUAACAUAUGGGUAACAGUAACCAAAGUUCACACAGGCCAUGACGACAGUACGUUAGAAAGACUACAAAAAGAACUAGGGCCGCUUAUGACUAAAAUAUCUCAGGAAUAUAAUAGGGUACCUAAUUGGUUGGACUGCAAUAAAGGAAUGGUACCCGAUUUUGUUGCUUUGGACCCCAAGAACCAACCUGUUUGGGAGAUCACAGGCACAGAGUUAACUAAAGCAAACCUACAUACAGCUGAUGGGAUAUCGGUUCGAUUCCCUAGAGUGACGCGGAUAAGAGAUGACAAAGACUGGAAAACAGCUACCUCAUUAGAAGAACUGAAGCACUUAUACAAAACGUCUAAAGAAAAGACCGAUGUGUCUCUUCUUAACAAAUUGGCAGACGUAGCGUCUGAUACUUCUACAUCUGAACCACCCAAAAAGAAACCAAAAGAAAGCACUAAAAAUAAGAAAAUGGACGACUUCAUCACAAAAGAAAAAUCGCCUAAACAGAAGAAGGUAAAGAAAGAAGAUUUAGACAGUUCUAAUGACAAAUCUGAGACUAGAAGUGAGGACAGUUGUAAUACAAGUUUCGAGGACAAUGACUCCAAAGAAAAUGUUAAGUGCGAGUUGUUCCCUGAAAAUCCAUUGCCUGAUCCUUUCAAAGAUAAAAGAUUGGGCUUCUAUCCAGACUUUUUGAGCUUUUCCGAAAAGGAGAGAUGGCAUUUUGAGAGGCAUUGGAUAGGAUAUGGAGGUACGAUUGUCAAAUCUAUCAGAUCAACAGAUGUUGAUUACCUGGUUCACAGUGAAGACGUAAUUAGGUUAAAAAAGAUGCAAAAAUUAAAAAAUAAAAUGUCCGAUGGCGUGAGACAUGUUAAUAAAUAUUGGUUAAUCAAAUGCAUCAAUGAUGUAGAAUUGCAUGAUACUGCAAAAUAUCCAGUUUAUAUUGAACCAUAAAUCGAAUGUUAAUAAGUAUUUUUUUACUGAAUCUCUAUGUGAUCGA